GUAUAUAUAAAAUAAACUAAUUUACAUUUGAGCUAAGAAACAACAAAAUAAAAACAAGAGAGAGAGAUUCAAAAACGAGGUAAUUUGUGACAUCAUUAUGGGGAAGUGGAUUAUUUUGGUGGUUGCCAUGGCGGCAACGGUGAUGACGGCUACGGCACAAAAUUCAACAAGCAUGUUCGGAGAUUUGCCAAAGGGCAAUUACAACACAUCUGAUGUCGCGCCAGGAAGCAGUGGAAGCAUGCAGGGACUGUUUGACAUGGCACAGGGAUUCGUCAAUGUUGUGUUCAGACCCUUCUCAGAGUUGGCAGAUUUCAUCAUAAAAGUCUUUGCUUCUGACAGUGGGGCGUUGGACUAUCUGCAAGGAAAUUGGCAAGAUGCAGCAAGUUUUGAAGCCGGUUACAUCGCAUGUCUCGUGUUCGGAGUGUUGUUCAUCGUUUUUGUACCGCUCGUUGGCUCUUUCAUGUGUUGCUGUCGGUGUUGUUGCAACAAUUGUGGCGGUCGUCUCGAACAAUCUACGAAGCGAAGCAAGAGCUGUUGGCGACAAUGCUAUUGUGUCACAAUGCUGAUUCUAACGACUUUCAUGGCGGUUCCCACUGUCUUUGUUUUCCUAACAAACGAAUGGAUAACAGACGUAGUCGACACAGCGCCGGUGAAAAUGACAACGUUACUUGGCGAUACAUCUGAAUAUUUGAAAUUGGUCCCAAGGCAAAUCCAGUACAUCUCAGACGAAUAUGCUACUGUCGAUAACAAUGUGCGCCCUCUUGUGGAAGAUUUUGGCGUCAGUGUCGGCGUUCCUCUACAAGCUGAAAUUGAGAUGAUUGCUCAACCAACUUUGGAGGAAAUGGAUAAAGCUAUCCAAGAGGUUGACAAAUCACUCGCUGCUAUUAACGCCGUUACCAAUUCGCUCGGAGCAUUAUCGACUGGUAUGGACACUGUCGAUAAAAGCCUGACUGAUCUUCAGACUAAAAUGGAAACGGAAUUAAACGAAACCUGUACCGACGACCUUGAGUGCAGAGCGGUUUAUCAGAGCAGAACUAAUUUGACUGUCGGAUUUAAUGUGACGGACCUGGAUGAUUUAACAAAUGAGUUGGAUGGCGUCAAUGAUCAGCUAUCUGGCUACAAUCUCACAGAAUUGCAACAGAACGUCACAAAUGAGAUAAAUAACAUUCCAAGUACAACUACAGAUCAGACCAAGGCAGCCAGUGAAAGUGCAGUAAGUGCUUUGGAUGAAGCGAAUUCGACGAUGGCCGACAUAUCAUCCAACCUUCCCACGGAUAAAUUUGACGAAAUUGAUCAGCAAGUUGUCAACCUACAGACCACGAUUACCGACGCUUUCAACGUCUAUGACGAUAAUUUUGAUCAGUAUAGGUAUAUCGCAGGCAUUGUUCUUGGAUGUAUGCUGGCUUGGAUUGUCUUCUGUUACUUGCUGGGAAUGGUGUUGGGAGUUUGUGGAAACAGUCGUGAUGUCGCUCCUUCACAGAGAGGCUGUGCGUCUAACUGUGGUGGAAUAAUGCUCAUGGUUGGCGUUGGAUUCUCGUUCAUUUUCUCCUGGUUGUUGAUGAUUCUUGUCGUUGUGAUGUUCACUAUCGGAGGACACGGGGAACGCUACGGAUGUCAGGGGCUGGAGAAACCAAAAUAUGAAGCCUUGCUGGUUGUCGAAAACGUAUCCGGAAUAAAUCUCGAAAGCACUCUUGGUCUGCCAGAAGGUGUCAGUCUUGGGCUGGUUGACAUUUUGAAUUCUUGUGAAAAUGACGCUUCUGCGUACGAAACUUUUAAGUUGGAAUAUGUCCUGAACAUCACAGAGUACUUAACAAAUGUUACGUCACAAAACGGAUGAACUACAAGCGGAAGUCGACAAGGCUACAAAUGACAUCGAUCUAUCCGAAAUAGUAAUCUACACCGAAGAAAACCAGGAGAAUUUGUUAGGCUUGAUGGAGUCAGGACUUGACAACAUUGAUUUCAAUGAUUAUUUGGGAAAG